GUUUUCACACUGAAAGAAGGAGCAGAGGGUUUGUUGGUUGUGGUGAGGCUAUGAAAACAUCAGCAGAAGUGAAAGAAUGGUGAAGUUGUGGGGGUGUGCCACGAGGGAGACGCACAGCAGAGGAUGUCUGAGUCAGUCUUCUGUCGGAUCGCAGACGGAGAGGACCAUGCUGCAGGCGGGCCUCCUUCCCCACCAGCUCCACAGCCUCCUCCAUCCAUCUCCGGACCCAACUGACCCCAGCUGAGGAACGAUGACCUCCAAUGGGACCACCAACUCAACAGAGGAAUACUCCGUCGUGCGCUUUUACGUCUCCACCGUCUCAUUCUCGCUGCUCCUCUUCUUCAACCUCAUCAUCAACUGGACCAUCGUGCGCGCCGGGAGUUUGCGCGGCCAGGCGCGCUUCGUGCUGAUCUUUCACCUGCUGGUGUCCGCGCUGGUCUACAUGGGCACCAACAGCGUCUUCUACUACCAGAUCCACGUGAGCGCGCGGCCCAGCCGCCCCGCGUGCCAGGCGAUGAUCACCCUGUUGAUCAGCAGCGCCUCCAACAUCUUGCUGACGCUCACUGUCAUGGCUCUGGACCGCUUCUGCGCCGUGUGCCACCCACUGCGCUACACUGCCUCCUUCACGGCGGGCCGCUGGCCCUGGCUGCUGGGCCUGCUCACCUGGACUGUGGCGCUGCUGAUCCCGCUCAGUCUGCCGGCGCAGCCAAGGGACGACGCCGUUGGCGGGACGUGCGGGAAGGAGCAGCUGACAGGGGGCAAACGCGAGAAGAUGGUCUUCAUAAGCGCGUGCACGCUGGUGAUUCUGUACACGUACGUGCGGAUUCUGCGGGAGGGGAGGCGACUGGGGGUGCUGAACCGACGCAACCGGGCUGGGUGCAGAACCAUCGCGCUGCACGGCACCCAGCUGGCUCUGUGCAUCCUCCCCAACUUUGUGAACUUCGUGCUGGGAACUCUGAGACAACACAGACUCAUCCAACAGAACACCAAGGAGCUGUCCGCCGUGGUCGUCUUCGCUUUCUUCAGCUUGGCGCAGUGCAUUGCGGCGGUUGUUUACGGCUUGCGCAAAGAGGAACUUCUAGAGCAGCUCGAUCACAGGUUCCCCUGCUGUUCCCGCUAUCUAAAGGCCGUCCUGGGAUGGACCGUGCGCGCCAACUGGCCACAAACGCAACACAGAACAAGGGAGCGAACACUGACAACUCUGACCAUCGUCUCCGAGGAGGUCACACAAGUUCCAGACAGAGACGAGGAAGAGGAGGAGCAGGAGGUGGAAACAGUGGUAGCCAGCCACCAGUCCCUCACAUGACUCCCUUUUCAUGCUGAGGAGCCUCAUGGGAAAACAUUGAAACCACAGCCGUCAGUGGAAUAUCUGGACGUGCUCCAGAGGUUUUUACUUUGGUGUUGAAAGGAACUAGAAGUUCAAAGCGAGAACAGUUUUCCUCCUUGGAUUAAAGAGACUGGAUUAAAAAGAUUCCACUUCUCUAGUGCUAUGUUCACGCGUGCUCUUGAACGCACGUUUAGUCCAUGGUGUUCCGACUGGACUACCCAAUACAGGUGCAUGUCCGCCACUUACAGUUGGAGAAGGUGUGGUGCGAAAUGACGAAGCGGUGCAAAUCUCAUGAAUCUGUUUUUUAAUAGCUUUAUUUCCGAUACAUGAAAGACUUGGGCUGAAUCUGAGUUGCUUCCUCACCCCUACAGCUUCUCCUCAUCCCUACAUUUAUCCUUCCAAGUGGAGAGACAUCGAAAACAUUGUGUACUUCAAAUUUGGGCAUUACUACUGCUUGAUGACACCGUGAAUAGUGGGGGGUCAUCUACGAUAGUGUGUAGCUGCCAGCGCUCGGAAAAUACACAACAUCGGUUUUAUAAAUUAAUCUAUAAUAACACAAUACAUGUAAAUAUAAGCUUCUGUGCUUCAGAGCCGUGUGCAGAAAUGCUUUAAUCCUCCACGUCAAAAGCGCAACACGGAUUACCCUACCGGCAGCAGGACAGCCAGCCCAAGGUCGCUAUGGCUCCUCCUUAAAAAAACACUACAGCUUCAAAUUCCCCUACAAUUGGACCAAUAGGGAGGAGCCCAGAGGGGUUGGGAACCAUUUGGAUUUGGCCAUGGAGUCGUAAUUAUGAAUUUUUCCUCCGGGAUCAAUUCUCAAACAGUUGGCUCUUCUGUGAAGUAAAAAGGACGCCAUCCAUACGUCACUACCAAGUCGGAGUCCCUGAUUGGUCAAAGUUCAACCCGGUCUAACUUUCAAUGUGCGUUGAGAGGCUGCACGUUUAGUACGUAGAGCACAAAGACUGUUGUAGAAAUUUGGGUAGCUACACGUGAACAUGAGAGCUUUGAACGCGGAAGUUCAAACCGCACGUUUACCUCCGCUUCUCAUUGGCAGAGGUUGCUGAGGGUGGUGUGAAUGUAGCGUUACAUAGCAGAUACUGCAGUGUGAACAGGUCAUGGAACCCUUGUGCUAUCCUAGGCACUUUAACAUUGGGAGUUGGGUCAUCUAGACCCACUAGACAGUGCGCUGAACCUUUUUUCUUCAAUAGAUUUGUGAUCUU